CCCCCAACCAAACACCCCCUAAUAGUGUUCAAUAAGCUAAAAACUUUUCAGAAAGCUCUUUAUCAAACAAAGCCAAUAUCUACCUUCAGAUCGCGGGUUCGAAACCUUUCCCAACCAUUUUAAUUUUUUGUGCUUCUCCCUUUUCUUCUCCCUCUCCCUCUCUCAUCUCUCUCCUCCCAUUCCCCAUUUCCUCUCACCUCGACUCACUUCUACUCAACCGCCUCAUUUACUCACCGCCUCUGCCGCCGCAACGCCGCCGGAAGAAAAGAUGUCGGAGAAGUUCUCGGCAACCUUGAGGAUUGGCGAUUUGAACGAUUUCAUUGCUCCUUCUCAAGCUUGUAUUGUCGGCCAACUUAAACCUAAUCCCACCAAACCUAUUAUUAAUGAUUUCGAGAAAAGAGCAAAGGCGGGGCCUCCUGCUGCUACAGAACCUGUUAAAAUUUCACUCAAGGACUGCCUGGCUUGCAGUGGAUGUAUAACAUCAGCAGAGACUGUGAUGCUUGAGAAACAAAGUUUAGAUGAGUUCCUGUCAAGUAUCAAUAAAGGGAAGACAGUCAUAGUAUCCAUUUCGCCGCAGUCUAGGGCUUCUUUAGCAGCUCAUUUUGGCCUCGCACCACUUCAGGCUUUUAAGAAGCUCACAACGUUUUUUAAGUCCCUUGGAGUGAAGGCUGUUUUUGACACCAGCUGCAGUAGAGAUUUAGCGCUUAUAGAAGCAUGUAAUGAAUUUGUGGUACGCUAUAAGCAAAGGCAGUCUGGUGAUGAUGAUGGGAGUAAGACAUCACUGCCAAUAAUUUCAUCCGCUUGUCCAGGGUGGAUCUGCUAUGCAGAAAAAACUCUUGGAUCCUACAUCUUACCUUACAUCUCUUCCGUAAAGAGCCCUCAGCAAACAAUUGGGGCUGUCUUGAAGCGCUACCUUUGCCAGAAAAUGUCUUUGAGGCCAGAUGAAGUUUAUCAUGUUACUGUGAUGCCUUGUUAUGACAAGAAGCUUGAGGCUGCGAGAGAAGACUUUGUAUUUGAAAUGGAAUAUCCAGAUGAAGAUAAUAUACAUGGUGAUCUAGGGGUAGCAGAGGUGGAUUCUGUGUUGACCUCUGGAGAGGUUUUGGAACUAAUACAGUUAAAAUCUGUGGAUUUUAGCUCCUUGGACGAAUCUCCUCUAGAUAAGAUGUUGACAAAUAUUACUGAUGAUGGAUAUCUGUAUGGAGUCAAUGGAGGUUCUGGGGGCUAUGCUGAAACUAUUUUUAGGCAUGCAGCAAAGGCCCUUUUUGACAGGGACAUUGAGGGACCUAUAGAGUUCAGAAUGAUAAGGAAUUCAGACUUCCGUGAAGUUAUUCUUGAAGUUGAGGGAAAAAAUGUCUUAAAGUUUGCCUUAUGUUAUGGCUUUCGAAAUCUGCAGAAUGUAGUAAGGAAAAUCAAAACUGGAAAAUGUGAUUAUGAUUAUCUGGAAAUCAUGGCAUGUCCGUCAGGUUGCUUGAAUGGUGGUGGUCAAAUCAAGCCGAAGCCAGGGCAGUCUGCCAAAGAUUUAAUUCAGCAAUUGGAAAGUGUUUACAUGGAGAAUGUUUUGGUUGCUGAUCCAUUUCAAAAUCCCGUAGCAAAAGGGUUAUAUGAUGAGUGGCUUGAGAAACCUGGGUCUGAGAAAGCUAAGAAAUACCUGCACACACUAUACCAUCCUGUGGUUAAAAGCAUUACGUCUCAGUUGCACAAUUGGUGAACUUGUUGCCCUGGAUUUUGUUCUUCCCAAUUGCUGAACUCCGGAGGUCUACAAUUGUGCAUAUGCUUAGCCUAGAGUGAGUUUUUUCAGACCUAUGGUUGGAAUCAUAUCUACACUUCAUUGAUAUAGGCUUUACGGAGAAGACCAGUUUUACCAGAGGUUCUCCAGGUGUACAUUACUGUAGAUGUAGUGAGUUCUUUUGUUAAUGACAGGAUGCAACUCUAUAGGAAGAUAAGUCCAUUUGAUCUGAACACUUUUUGUUCUUUUUCCAGAAAAAUUAUAUAAUUAUACACAUGCAUGACAAGGUUUUUGUUCUGUAGUUUUGUACCAUUAACCCAUAUUGUAAGAUGUGCUCUGUAUGUUAUUUUCUCAACACUCUUGUUCUGAAAUGAUAUGUGUCCCAUUUUUCCUUUC